UUCUUGAUGUUUGUCAGGCGAUUGAUACUGUUGCGAACUGUCAUGGUAAAUUGCUGGUUCGGGUGACUAUAAAAGCUGAAUUAGGCUUCACCAAACCCCAAGCUUUUCUGGAGAAAUCCAUCUUCUACUUUGUUUUUCUUCCUUUGAUUUUCUUCAUAUUCCCAUAAACGAAAAGCUUCAUCAAUUCUUGAAUUCUGUUUGUAGUUCAAAACCAAAGAGAAAAAAAUGGUUGGGACUGCUUUCAGGGACUGGUGCCGUUAUUUUCAGUACAAGGAAGGUGAAAAAGAGGAGGAUAAGGAGAAGAAUAGAGCCGACGCCCGCAACGCUCUCUUGGUAGUUGCCACCCUAAUAGCUGCCGUGACCUUCCAAGCUGGGGUUAACCCCCCUGGCGGUGUAUGGCAGGAAACCAAGGAUGGCCAUGUAGCAGGCACUGCUAUCUGUGAAUCUGAAUCAUCAGCCUACUACGUUUUCUUGACUUCCAACACCGUAGCCUUUUCUGCAGCGGUACUUGUCAUUAUGUCUCUCACGCAUAGUUUUCCUUUCAAGUUUGAAGUAAGGGUUGCUGCCGUUUCAAUGAUAAUAACUUAUGGAUCUGCGAUCUUUGCUGUUACGUCGGAUGAAGAAACGUUUCGACUCGCCUUGAUUAUAGCAGCAGCGCCUUUAGCUAUGCGGUGUUUGAUCCAGCUGUUGGUUAAGUUGAAAAACAGGGAACCUGAGCCUCCAUGUUUGAUCCAGGCAUUUUCCAGGCCUAGAAACAAGGCAGCAGAGCCCCCGAAAGAUCAGACCCUGCAAGCACAACCUUAGGUGGAGGGAGGAAGACAAUGAACGUAGGCAGACACUGGCAAAUUCCUAGUAGUUGGAGCCUGAACAACUUAGAACUCAUGCUGUUUAUAUAUGUUAUAGGAUGUGACAUAGGGUAUGUGUCCAAAAUUAAUACUAGUACUUUGGAGUUUCAUUAAGUUUGUAUAAUUUGUAAAUAAAGUGUGUGAUUUGUUAUGUACCAAAUAAAUAAAUAAAAUGUGUGCUUUGCCUAUUUCCAACAAAU